AUCGAGUGCGGAGAGCAAGUAUUUGACUUGACUUUUCAUCCUUCUAAAUCCAUUAUAGCCGCAGGUACAAUUGAAGGUCAAGUUGUUUGCUUCGAUUAUGGAAACCAUGAUACAACUCAAGAUGCAACUUUAUUGUUCAACAAGCGCAUUCACAAGCAUUCAUGUCGGUCGCUUGAUUUUAGCACAAGUGGUGCAGAGUUGUUUUCUGUAUCAAAAGAUCGAUCAGUUCAAAUGAUUGAUGUUGAUUCUGAAAAAGUCAAGUUACGUAAAGUAGAUGCGCACAGUGAGCCUAUUAAUAUUGUCAAGUCGUUAUCUGAGAGUAUGAUUGCUACUGGAGAUGACGCUGGAUGCAUCAAGAUUUGGGAUACCAGACAGCGCAGAGUGGUGCGAAAGUAUCACGAUAAUCGUGAUUUUAUUACCGACUUUGAGUUUGAUAAAGCCAAGAACACGCUCUUGGCUACUGGUGGUGAUGGGUGUCUUUCCGUAUACAACCUCUCCAGCAACAAAGCAGUUGCCGUUUCUGCUAGUCAGGAUGAUGAAUUAUUAUCUGUUAAACUUAUUCGGAAUUCAACAAAGGCUGUCGUCGGAACACAGUCAGGAGUGUUGCUGAUUUUUUCUUUUGGAAACUGGGGCGACUGUACAGACCGAUUUCCAGGCCAUCCAAUGAGUGUCAGUUCUCUAGUCAAAAACACAGACUCGACGAUUUUCAGUGGAUCCAGUGAUGGCAUUAUUCGAUCUGUUGGCAUGUUUCCUCAUAGGCUGAUUGGUGCGGUAGCGGACACUGGCGAAACAAUGCCUAUUGAAAAAAUGCGCAUGUCGUUUGAUGACGAGAUAUUGGCAACGUGUUCUCAUGAUACUUUGGUCAAAUUUUGGAAAGCAAAUGAUUCUGGAGACCGCAGUGAUGAUAAGCAAGAUGAAUCUGAUGACAGUAGUGAGGAUCAAGACAGUGAUGAAGAC